GAGUGGCCGCCAGGGGGCGCUACAGGGUGUGUGCGGGUGGGGGUGUGACUCAGUGAGUGGCCGCCAGACGGCGCUGUUCCGGACCGCGGUUCCGCACCGCUCAGUCGGAGCGGAGAUCAGUGACUUCCCGCAGAAAUGUCCAACUUCUCCCACAACUCAGACUGGAGAUCGAGCGCCUACAGCACCGGAACGACCAUCAUCGCUGUGGAGUUCAAUGGAGGGGUGAUUGUUGCUUCAGACUCACGUGUGUCUGUGGGGGGGACGUACGUCUGCUCGCGGAUCAUUAACAAGGUGGUGCAGGUGGACGAGCGUGUGUUUUGCUGUAUGGCCGGGUCUCUCGCUGAUGCUCAGGCCGUCACCAACGCUGCCAAAUACCAGCUGGCCUUCCACAGUGUGGAGAUGGGGGAGCCGCCCCUCGUACUCGCUGCGACGAUCCUGAAGGAAAUCUGCUAUAAAAAUCGGGACGACAUGUCGGCCGGAUUCAUCGUGGCCGGGUGGGACCGGAAGAAAGGAGCCCAGGUUUACACGGUGUCUCUGGGGGGGAUGAUCACGAAACAGCCCUUCACUGUGGGCGGGUCGGGCAGUACCUAUAUUUAUGGUUACGUGGACUCGGCUUUCAAGAUUGGGAUGACUCAAGAGGAAUGUUUACAUUUUACCGUCAACGCCCUGGCUCUGGCCAUGGAGCGAGAUAACGUGAGCGGAGGUUUGGUGAACCUGGUGAUCGUGACAGAGCGCGGAGUGGAACGCAGCAUCAUCCCCGGCAACAAACUGCCCCAGUUCUUCUCUGAGUGACCUGUCAGCCUGUGUGCACAAUCACCACAGUGAUCUGUCAGUGUGCACACUCACCACAGUGACCUGUCAGCCAGUGUGUACACUCACCACAGUGACCUGUCAGUUUUCACACUCACCACAGUGACCUGUCAGCCAGUGUGUACACUCACCACAGUGACCUGUCAGUUUUCACACUCACCACAGUGACCUGUCAGCCAGUGUACACACUCACCACAGUGACCUGUCAGCCAGUGUGCACACUCACCACAGUGACUAUCAGCGUGCACAUUCACUACAUUAAUCUCUGUCUGCAUUUUCACUGUCGUGACCUGCAAUAAACAUCAUGUGAAUUAA